AUGGGUUCCAUUCCUGCCGCAGGCUCGUCAUCACACCCUCAUCCAGUACCCUCCCCGGGCGUCUAUUGCCCAGCAGUCACCUUCUUCGAUCCCUCCACAGACACGCUGUGUCCCACCGAACAAGGCCAAUACUAUUCAUAUCUGGCGAGUUCAGGCUUAACAGGCUUGGUGAUCCUGGGCACAAAUGCAGAGACCUUCCUCCUUACACGAGACGAACGCGCGACCCUCCUACGAAUCGCACGCAAGUCCGUUCCCGAGAACUAUCCGAUCAUCGCUGGGGUGGGUGGCCAUUCUACAGCUCAGGUUCUCGAGUACAUUGCAGAUGCUCAUGCUGCUGGUGCAAACUACGUUCUCGUCCUCCCGUGUGCAUACUUUGGCAAACAAACCACACCGACGGUCGUCCACAACUUCUACUCGGCGGUGAGCAAGGCUUCGCCUUUACCUAUCCUCAUCUACAAUUUCCCCGCUGUUUGCAAUGGCCUUGACCUCGAUUCCGAUACCAUCGCUGCACUGGCCCAAGAGUACCCCAACAUCGUGGGAGUGAAGCUCACUUGUGGCUCGGUGGGCAAAAUCACUCGGCUGGCUGCCACAUUUCAGCCGGAGCGAUUCGCCGUGUUUGGCGGCCAGUCAGACUUCUUGGUGGGUGGGCUGGCUGCUGGCAGUGCGGGCUGUAUUGCUGCAUUUGCCAAUAUAUUCCCCAAGACAGUGGUCAAGAUCUUUGAUCUGUGGAAGAUGGGCAAACACGACCAGGCAUUGGCAUUGCAGAGGAUAUCUGCCCACGCGGAAAAUCCGACCAAGGCUGGCAUUGCCACGACGAAAUAUGCGGUCAGUCAGUACAGUGCUAAGAAAGCCAGUAUUCAAGGCAACCUGGAGGCUUUGUUACAGCCACGACGGCCUUAUGAAGAGCCGAGCGAAGCGGUUAAGCAGAAGAUCAGGGAAGUGAUGGUGCCGUUAGAUGAGGUUGAGAAGACACUUUGA